GUCAUAAGGCUUCAUCUGUUCUGGUCAUCAUUUUAACACUGGUGUCUGUUAUGUCCUGAUGCCCAGGCCACGCCAGGCUCGCCUGCCCUGCACCCCCCUGAGUUCCCUAAGGAAGUCCCUGCUGCUGUCAGUGCGGACCCAGCUUUGGUCCGGUCCCUGAGAGUCCAGCGACCUGGGAGCCUGUCUGGUCCAGGGUGGCUCCCAAGGCCCCACGCCACCAACUCUCCUGUCUUUAAGGCUGGACUCUUCACCUCUCAUUCAGAGGCUCUUGGAUGUGGGUUCCCCUGCCGACUCCCAUGUCUCCUGGCAGCCCCCCCAUCAUUGCCUUUGCAGACACAGCUCCCUCUGCCGGGGUGGGGCCCCCUCUGCCCUGUCUCUCCUUUCCUCCCUCUUUCCACUUGGAGACCUCCUGUGCGUCUUCCUGGCACAGUGCACGUCCCCCUGAUAUUUGUGUCUCCCUUUCCAGGGAGGCAGCAGAAGAUGGCAAGGGGUGUGGUCCACCUGAGGUGCACACGGUGCCCCACUCUGGCGCUCAGUGGCUGCGUGAUUGCAAACUGCCCGGCUGCUGGCAGAAUGGACAUCCUGGAAGAGGUGAUUUGGGCCAACGGGAGCACAGCCCUGCCCCCACCCGUGGCACCCAACAUCAGCAUGCCACAUCGCUGUCUGCUGCUGCUCUACGAGGAUAUUGGAACCUCCAGGUGUUUGUGGUGGCGCUGGUGGGCAUCGCCCGAGCUGUGGUGUCCAUGACGGUCAGCACCUCGGAUGCUGCAACUGUUGCUGAUAAGAUCCUGUGGGAGAUUACCCGCUUCUUCCUGUUGGCCAUCGAGCUGAGCGUGGUCAUCCUGGGCCUUGCCUUUGGUCACCUGGAGAGCAAGUCAAGCAUCAAGCGGGUGCUGGCCAUCACCACGGUGCUGUCCCUGGCCUACUCGGUCACCCAGGGGACACUGGAGAUCCUGUACCCUGACGCCCACCUGUCGGCUGAGGACUUCAACAUCUACGGGCAUGGGGGCCGCCAGUUCUGGCUGGUCAGCUCCUGCUUCUUCUUCCUGGUCUACUCUCUGGUGGUCGUCCUCCCCAAGACCCCACUGAAGGAGCGCAUCUCCCUGCCUUCGCGAAGGAGCUUCUAUGUGUACGCGGGCAUUCUGGCGUUGCUCAACCUGCUACAGGGGCUGGGAAGUGCCCUGCUCUGCGCGGACAUCAUCGAGGGUCUCUGCUGUGUAGAUGCCACCACAUUUCUCUACUUCAGCUUCUUUGCGCCCCUCAUUUACGUGGCCUUCCUGCGGGGCUUCUUUGGCUCGGAGCCCAAGAUCCUCUUCUCCUACAAAUGCCAAGUGGACGAGACGGAAGAACCAGAUGUGCACCUGCCCCAGCCCUACGCUGUGGCCCGGCGGGAGGGCCCGGAGGUGGCAGGAGCCGCCAGCACGCAGUUUGACUCAGCCGGUGGGGUGGCCUACCUGGAUGACAUCGCUUCCAUGCCCUGCCACACGGGUAGCAUCAACAGCACAGACAGUGAGCGCUGGAAGGCUAUCAACGCCUGAGUGUGGCCACCGUGGCCCGGAAGGCCCAGUGGGGCCCAUGGAGGGCAGGCUGGAGAGAAGGCUAGGGAGUGCCAAGUCCCUGGGGGGGAGGAGGACGAGGUCAUGGGACCUUCUAUGGGCAGCAGCCCCAGGUAGGCCCUGUCUUGCCCUCUGUGCCCCCAGUUGCUUUUGGCCACCUCUGCUGUAGCUGGGGGCUGCCUCCCCCUUCCACCUGCUCUCUCCCUGUUCCGCUGGCUCAGACUCUGAUCUCUCAGGGGCAGGCCUGGCUAGGCCAGCUGGGGGCACCUCCUUUCUCCAAAGCCUGGGCACCCAGGACCGGUCUGGCUCUUCUCAUCCCUCUGCCUCUUCCCCAUUGCGCUUUGGCCUCCUCAAAGCCCACUCUGGCAGGUGGGCGGAAGUGUGUAUAUUUUCUGGAUCUAUUUUUUAAUAAAAAAACAAAAGGAACAGAAAGUGCGGCUGUAGAUGUUCCUCCUAGGAGCCCGAGGGCUGGGGUGAGACCCUGCGAUGAUCAGAGGUCCUGGCAGGUCCUUCUGUGUCCCAAGCCCUGGGAGGCUCUGGGUUGCUUCAUUUGUUCGAUGGAGGAACACUGGCCAGUGCUCAGGCCCUGGGCUGGCUGCUGGAGAGUGGAGGACAGUCGGAUCCCAGUGCCCCAUAUCUUGGGUCCCCAUCCGAGCAGACAAGAGGAUUGUGGAAAGGGAAACAUGGUUCUGUGAGCUGCCAUUUCCCAACCCCGUUGGGGAGUGUGGGGUUUGGAGUGAGCCCUGCAGGUCCUGUCCUUUCUCUGCGCCUUCUGCUCUGCUUUCCUGGACCGGCUGCUUCCCCUCCCCUAGCUUCAGCUCACCAUCUGUGAAAUGGGGAUAAAGAGGCCUGUGUUGCAAGGCCUGCUGUAAGAAUUACCAACACAGUUUGUGAUUGUGGGGCCAACGUGCCAUGCUCCCUGGGAUCCGGGACCCAGAGAGCUGGCCAGGAGUGGGCCAGGAGGUUCCUCCUCAGAGCUUUCUUAGAAGCCUGGUGGGUGGGAGAUGGAGGCCUGCUGGGCAUUCCAAGCAGGGCACGUAUUGGGGGCUGGAUAGAGAGGCCUGGACAGGCCAGUGCUAUUUGAGAAGCCAGAGUGACAGCCUGGGUUUGCUCAGUGCGAUGCCUAAGCAAACAGCCCUGUCAACGGGGAGGCGUCCAUAGACAAAAAGAGGCUUGAAGCCUACUGCCCAUCUUAAAAUUUGUUUUUUAAUAGGUAACAUGCACAAGAAAAGUUCACCCCAUGCAGGGAGGUGCACAGUGGAGCAUGGAUCUCCUCCCCGCCCUGGCCUCACUUUCCCUGUCCCCUGCCCCAGAAGCACUGCCAAGGCCAGGGGCUUCACUGCUGGCCGGAGGUGCCUGUGUGUGUUCACACUUGUGUAUGCGCUUUACCCUGUUCUGGGAAUGUAGAUGUUCUGUUUGUUCUUCACUUGACCCUUGA